AUGGCGUCCGAAACCAAAAAACAAGGAGGAGUACAACCUGGCAAAGAACACGUCAUGGACCCGACUCCACAAUUCUCUAGCUCAGACUACAAACCCUCCAACAAGCUUCGUGGAAAAGUGGCGUUGAUUACAGGUGGAGACUCUGGGAUUGGUCGAGCCGUGAGUUACUGCUUUGCACUCGAAGGUGCCACAGUGGCUUUCACUUAUGUGAAAGGGAAGGAAGAAAAAGACGCCCAGGAGACGCUUCAAAUGUUGAAGGAAGCAAAAACAUCGGAGGCCAAGGACCCAAUAGCUAUUCCAACGGAUUUAGGAUUCGAUGAGAACUGCAAGAGGGUCGUUGACGAGGCCGUUAACGCGUUUGGACACAUUGAUAUUUUAAUCAAUAACGCAGCGGAGCAGUAUGAAAGCAGCUCGAUCGAAGAGAUUGAUGAGCCUAGGCUGGAACGUGUCUUCCGGACAAACAUUUUCUCUUACUUCUUCCUCACCAGACAUGCGUUGAAGCACAUGAAGGAAGGAAGCAGUAUAAUAAACACAACAUCCGUGAAUGCUUACAAGGGACAUGCAUCUCUUCUUGAUUACACCGCCACGAAAGGAGCGAUUGUGGCGUUCACACGUGGGCUCGCACUUCAGCUUGCUGAGAAAGGUAUUCGUGUAAAUGGUGUGGCGCCUGGUCCGAUAUGGACACCCCUCAUCCCAGCCUCGUUUAGUGAGGAGAAAGUCAAGAGUUUUGGGUCUGAAGUGCCGAUGAAACGAGCCGGCCAGCCUAUUGAGGUGGCACCUUCCUAUGUUUUCUUGGCUUGUAACCAUUGCUCCUCUUACUUCACCGGUCAAGUUCUUCACCCUAACGGUAAUACUUUCCAUUGA